AUGGCUGAAAGCCAAGACAAGCAAAAGGAACAUGCAGAUGCCAGAGGCAGAGGAAAUGUUGAAAUGUCAGCCGUCUUCAAGACGAAGUUGCGCCCGCGCUUCAUCGGCCUUUUCAAGGUUGUGGCCAAGAAGGGCCUUGCAUACACACUCAAUCUUCCGAAGAAGAUGCGGACGCACCCCGUCGUCUACGUGGGCUUGCUCAAGCCGUACCAGGACCCGAUGCAGGUGCAGAUGGAG